CAUAGCUUGAGCUCUCUGCCUCUCUCUCUCUCUCUCUCUCUCUCUCUCUCUCUCUCUCACCGUGUCUCCUCUCCGCCUCUCUCUCUCACCAUAUCUCGUCUCCGUCUCUCUCUCUCCGCGUCUCCUCCGCGUCUCGCCGUCUCUCUCGCCCCCAUGAAAGGAGCUUGAAGCUCGUCGUCUCUCUCUCUCUCUCGUCAUCUCUCUGCCAUCUCUCUCUCGCCGUCUCUCUCUCUCGCCAUCUCUCUCUCGCCGUCUCUCUCUCUCUCGCCGUCUCUCUCGUCGUGUCUCUCUCGCCGUCUCUCUCGUCGUGUCUCUCUCGCCGUCAUCUCUCUCACCGGUUUGAUCUUCUGUGGGUUUUGAUUUUACGCUGCAAUGACCUCUGUCCCUGGUACUGAUAGUCUUGCAUGGACUGAUGAGCAAACUCGGUUCUACCUCAAACUGAGAGUUGAGGAGAAGCUGAAAGGAAAUGAAAGAAAAGGAAAUCUCAAUGAUGUUGGGAGACAGUCCAUUAUCGACAAAUUCUGUGAAGCUUAUGGGGAAAGGCAUGCUUGGAGAAAAUUUGGGAUCAAGCACACUACUUGCAAAACUCAGUAUUCAGGGUUCAAGCGGUUGAUCAACAAGAGGACCGGACUUGGCUAUGAUGCAAAUGGGUAUGUAAACAUGUCCGAUGACUGGUGGGAUCAACUUUGUAAGGAAUUUCCAACAGCUAGAAAGCUUAAAGAGAAUCCACUAGCAAAUGUUGACUUGUUGGAGAAUGUGUUUGGAGCGGUUCACGUAAGUGGAGGUGAAGGAUGGACUGCUCAGCAAGGCGAAGACAGUUUGGAUAAGCAAGGCGACGACCAUGUGGAUCAGGAAGGCGAAAAUAAUGAUGCUGAAGACACUGAUGUGGAUCAAGUUCCUCCUACUCAGGAAACCAGUGCUCCAGCUGAAUCAAGAACUGCUGGCCCUUCAUCCAGUAGAGGCCCUUCAUCCAGUAGAACAAAAGCUAACAGGAAGAGAUCAAGGGCUGCACAAGUAGCACAGGCUGUAGCAGAUAGUCUUACUGACAAGAACAAGAUGAUAGGGAGCCAGCCUGAGUUCAGUUGCAACCAGCUUACAGCUAUGGAAGCUUUACACUCACUGUCUGCUAUCAGGCACUGGUCUCCUUUGUACAAGGCAGCCAUUGACCAUCUCAAGCAGGACCCUACCAAUCGUCAGACUUUCUUGUUCUACAAAGAUGAUGAGGACAAGGUUCUCUACUUAGAGUAUGCUACUGGUGAAAGUAGAGAUGCUUGAAGACUAUGUUAUGCUUGUGCUUCUGUUUGCUACUAUUAUGCUUUGUGUUUCUCUUUUGGUUUGAGUUUGAUAUGUUCAAAACUCUACUGUUCUUUUUGUGUGUUUGACUUAUCUUAUUAUAUGAGAAUCAACUUUUAACUUGUGUGUUUGACUUAUCUUA